AUGUUUUUCCAUCAAGAGAAUUCUGCAGAGAUCGAAACAAAUGGUAGUCAGACGGUGCAAGGUCCAGGCUAUACGGUGGAUGCAUUCAAAACUUCCCAACCAAGCUCCCUCAAUUUUUGGUUAUUUGCCAUCAAUCCAGGCUUUGAAGUCGACGGAAUACAAGAAAUCCGAGUUCAACUUCUAGUUGAGACGUGUAGACAGCUGAGGUCAAGAAUCACGGAGCAUAAGAAUCACCCCGAUGGAACACGUCUACUCGAAAUGUCAAAACGGAGCAUCGGUUACAAGAAGACCAUGAUUUCGACAACAUUACGAUUGGGACAACGCUACAAUAUUAGACGAGGAGCCUUACUACAGGAAGACUGAUUUCGGAGGUGAUAUUCAUCAGGAGAUGCAUGAACUCAAUCUGCAGACGGAUAUGGAGGGACUCCCAAUGCUAACCUCAUAAACAAGCUAUAAAGGCUUGAGUUGUCUAGUCAGUCAGUGUCGUUCGUACGCAGUAAUGAGUCUUUCUGGCGUGUUUAUCGAUUACUUUCCAACUUUCUUGUUCUUGGAAUUGAUUAAUGUUACAUUUUUCCAUUUAUUACCUCAGAAAAUUAUUAGCUAAAAAAUAAAAAGUGACUCACUGUGUCUGAUACUGAUUGGCCGACAUUAUCAGGUGCCGGAGAUUCUUGAAUUAUUUUUAUA